CACACAAGCACUGUGUCUGUCAGUUGAAAAAUAAAUAAAUAAAUAAAUAAAUAAACUAAAUAAAUAAAUAAAUAAAUAAAUAAAUAAGAAAUGGAGCUGCAGAAAAGGGAAGAUUUGAUUGGUAAAAAAAUAUGGACGUGCUGAACGAGUCCCGAUUGGUAGAGACAGGAAGAUUUGACUAAAAUUAAACCGAAAGUAACUAAACCAGGAACAAGCAGUUUGUUUUACACAGCAACACGGAAAGGACUUGGCUGUUCAUUUACUUAAAUUCACUUGCAUUAAGGAGAAAAAUGGCAUCUGUCAUCUGGAUUCUGUCUGUAGUAUUGUAUGCUGAAUUCAUGUGUGCAGUGUCUGCUAACAAGUUUGUCUCCCUGGAUUGCCAGGAUAUAAACCGUGGGGUCCAUGGCAAGGACUCUUCAUUGAAAUGCUUUCUGAAUUCUGGUGGGGAAAGCGUGAAGGUCACAGCGGCAGCAUGGAGGCGGCCAGGAGAGAAGCGUCCUUUAAUAAUGUUUAUAAAUGACAAAGUUAGAGAGCCAGAAGAUCCACGAUUCUCCUUUAAGCAGUUACAGAUGUCUGGCAGCAACAUAGACGUGUCCUUUCUGGUGAGAGACACAGUGAGGACAGAUGAAGGGAAAUAUGAAUGCGAAGUUGUAACUGACAGCGGUGAAGCCAAAGCAGUUGUAAGCCUUUCUGUCAAAGCCACUUACUCCAAACCAGACAUGAGCUCAGUUCCGGAGAAGGACCUUCAGGAGGGAAUGGAAGUCACAUUAUUCUGCAAUGCCUCUGGGGGUUACCCGGUUGGCAUGAUCCACUGGUACGACCAGCACGACACCAACUGGACCCGCAGUGCAGAAAUGACGGUGGUGGAGACCACGGACAAACGCACAAACUUAUCCAGCAAGUUCACGCUUAAGGCGUCCUCCAUCACUCCUCAGUAUCGGUGCUUAGUGUUAAACAACAAUGGUGUGGAAGAAGGAAAGGCAGAAUUUGACCUUAAAUUUCAGGAAAAAGCCCCGGAGAAGGCGACGGGAGACCAGGGAAGCACGGCCAUUACGGUCAUCGUCUUCGUCAUCGUUGGAUCUCUGCUGUGCGGCCUGCUGAUUUUGGCUCUGUUGCGCAGACGGCGCGCUCAGCAGGCCCGAAGGCCAUCAACUCACCCCAUAUUGGGGGCGAUGUAUGCAAUGAGUCCAGACACAAUGGAAGAAGGUUUGAACGAUACGACGGAAUCUGUGCCUGAACCUUUAAACAAAUGAAGUUGGAUUAUUGCCCCUUCUUCAGGACUGUGUCUAAUCCUUAUAGUAACAAAUCGCUGCACAUUCUGGGGAAAUGCAGGAAUUUUACUUUUCCUUUGUGUGUCUAUGAACUCAGAGAGAAACUAUGAAUGAAUCAAGAAUGCUUUGGUAAUCCCCUGUGAUGAGUUUACUUUGCUCUUUACAGUUCUACCAGACUAAAACCAGACAGCUUCCCUUUUUCCACCCAAAAAGAGCAUCACGUCCUCUUUUCAUUUCCUGAUAUGGAAUCUCAAACUGAAGUUUGUGGAGACACUGCAUGUGAAUUAGUGAUGUGAGAAAAUGUAAUGCUCAAAACAAAGUAUCACACAAGUAAAAUAACACAAACAAAAUGAGGGGAAAAAAAUAACAGGGCAACACAGUUAAGUCAAAUUGUGGAACGUGACCACAAACUAUUUUACAAAAUGUCAAAAGAUACAGAACAAUAUAAUACAAUAAGCUUGUAUAGAGUGCUCAUUGUGCUGUGCAUUAAAGAGGCAUUAAAAUAAGAAUCAGCAUAGGAACAGGCAAGGCCUAGGCUGUGUCCAAAACAGCUUACUUGCCUACUACUAAGUACACUGGAUAGGAAAAUGUACAUAUAUUUUUCAAAAAAUGCACUUAAAAUCUUGAUAUAUUUAUUUGGGGGUUCGGCUGAAUGUACGUACUUUUAAGGAAGUAAGUCAUACUUUUUUAAGGAAGUAAGUCAUACUUUUUUUUUAGGACGCCUCACAGAGGAAGAAGCAGAGCUAUCUUUGGGUCCCAUCAAUUAGAGAGCAAGCCUUUCUACUGCAAAGGCUACUUUGCACUACUCAUGACACUUCUGCAGUACGAUUGAAAAACAGUGAGGAAUAUUUUUAUAAAUAUUUUAUGUUUAGUCGCCAGUACAUAUUCUGAGCACACCUCUUGUUAGGAGGCUGUUUUGGACACGGCCUUAAUGACUGAUUUGAAGUCUGAUCAACUGAUGUUUUGGAUUUCGGUUACAAAGACAUGGUGCAGAGCAGCUAAAACCUAUGCCUCGGAUUGCUUUGUUGUGAGGUCUGUGUCUGCAGACCGCAGAAACAGGAUUUCCAAGAUUUGAAAGUGCUCAUAAGUGCUUUAUAGGUAGUGAGGAGGAAGUAAUUCAACCCUAGAUUAAAGGGGGCAGAACAGCAACCGCGGUGCAGAAAAUGCUCUGCGCAGCAUCUGUGAAAAAGAACAGUGUCAGUUAAACUUGGAACUAUACAGUGGAUCCCAACGUGAACUUUGUUGUCGCUAAAUUAACACUACGUUCUUAAGAGUCCAGGACACCAACAACAACAAAGCAUUAUAAUAAUUCAACCUGGUGAUUGUACAGGUGUUACCUCUGCAUUCGCAUUGUCAUUACAAGGGUUGGUCUAAACUUUACUGCAUUGUGCAAUUUAGAUGAAGUUCAUUUGGGCCCCAUUGUUGCACUCCUUGCCUUUGCGUUCUCACUGAAGAUAUUUUCAGACGUGAGUGUGUACAGAGAUGUUUUGUGCUGUACAUGUAGAGACAUGAUCGCCAUUCCUUAA